AGUUGUUCUCGUAAAGCGAAUGGAAAGUGAACUAACGUACCGGUGGUAAAUGAGUUAUAAAUGAAAGAAAUCGUCGUCUUGGAACAGAAAAGACCACUUACUAAAUCCGCAGUUAUGGAGUUCACGAGACGCCUUGUUAUACUUCGAUUAGGAAACUUCGAAGUUUCUCAUGAUUUUUGAGUGAAACUUACGCGGCUGCAACGUGUCACUUCUUCAGCAUGUUUAGCUGGGUAUUAUUGAGACAUUUUUGGAAACAUAUUUCGUCGGAUUUAUAAACAGCUUUCACAGAACAACAAAGAGGGCAAGGGAUACUUUUUCUUAAGUAUUUCAUAAGGAUGGCACCUACUAAAGUAUUAAACAACCAGAAUAAACAAAAUGGUAAUGGGAUUGUUCCGCAAAAGAGGAUCACCACUAGAAGUCACAAUGCUUUGCUUAAUCAAGCGACAAAGCAAGCAGUCCUCACCAAGGAUCCUAGGAUCAAGAGAAAGGCUGAUGCUUCCCCACCCAAGGAAAAAACCACCAAAAGAUCAGCAUUGGGAAAUAUUACCAAUGCCAUUGGAAAAACACUGGGUGGACAAUUGCACGAUAACAAGAAAGGUGUGAAGAAGGCCAGUCAAAUAACGCAUGUGAAACCAGUACCCCAAACAAAUACAGUUCGGACGUUAGAUAAAAUUGUAAUUAAACCUGAGGCUGUGUUACCUGGUAAAUUGAGACUGGCACCUCGCGCAAAGCCAGUGAAAAAAGACGAAGAAAAGCCUGAAAUCUCUAGUAAAAUCGUGAACUUACGGCGCAGUUUAGAUUUGGAAAAGUCAGAGGACAGUUCUUUGUAUGUAAGUGCCUUAGAGGAAGUGCCCGAAGACAGUGCCAAGAAGUCUACAAAGCUUAGUGACAAGGUUACGGAAAAGUCGGACGUGAGCAAGGAGAAGAAUGAGAAAGACACUGAAGAGACGUUUAAAUUGGCGGAGACUUCACCAGAACCAACGUCGUCGAUUGCCGCCAGGUUAGAUGCAGUUCCUGACAGGGAGCUACCCUCAGGAGUUCAGUGGGACUUCGACGCAGAGAACUGGUCCGAUCCGUAUCAGGUCUCGCAGUACGCCAUGGAGAUUUUCAAUUAUCUCAAAAGUCGAGAAUCUCUCUUCCCAAUUGGUGAUUAUAUGGAGAGACAAGUGUGCCUAUCGCGAUGGAUGAGGUCGCUACUGGUCGACUGGAUGGUCGAGGUGCAGGAGUCUUUUGAGUUGAAUCACGAGACCUUGUACCUGGCGGUCAAGCUGGUCGAUCUCUACCUUACUAAAGUCACUGUCGGCAAGGAAACGUUGCAGCUUUUGGGAGCGGCCAGUUUAUUUAUCGCCAGUAAAUUCGACGAGAGAAUUCCGCCCAUGGUCGAAGACUUUUUGUACAUAUGCGAUGGCGCUUAUACGCGGCGAGAGCUCAUCAGAAUGGAAAUGAAUGUCUUGAAAAUAGUUGACUUUGAUCUUGGAAUUCCGCUCUCAUAUAGGUUCCUAAGAAGAUACGCCAGGUGCGCGAAGGUCUCCAUGCCCACUCUCACGUUGGCACGCUACAUCCUGGAAUACUCGCUGAUGGAUUAUUCGACAAUCAUGUUCAGCGAUAGCAAGAUGGCCGCUGCCGCGCUUUUGCUCGCGUUACAAAUGAAGGACCUAGGCGGCUGGACUUCUACCUUGGAGUAUUACACCGGCUUUACGGUCGAUGACAUAAGGGACAUUGUUAAUGUUUUAAAUCAGGGAUUACACCGAAAGCACAAGGAUGCUCUGGCGACGGUUCGAAAUAAAUACAGCCAUAAAAUAUUCUUCGAGGUAGCAAAGGUGCCACUCAAAGAAGUAUUAGAUAUAUAGUUAAACUACAAAUAUAAAACAAGUACGUAAGUAACGUUAUCAUAAUAGAUAGACGCAUGGCUGAUGAUUUCUGUCCGGGCGGGCUGUGCCAAAUACGCUAAGUGCGAUAGUCCGUGGAUGUUCACUUACAUUUAAUUGUGACCUAAGGUGCGAACGGAUCGAUCGGAGUACUGGUUUAAGGUAGUGUUCCGAUUCUCAUUUUGGGAAAGUGCACGAUCAUCAACUUCGAUAAGAAAUGAUCAAAAGACAUUUUAAAAUGAUAAAUUCCUUUAGCCAUAACUCAUGACUUCGAUGCUCGACAUCGCGACUCUAUUAAUAACAAUGCAUAUUAUUACACCUGUUUUUAAUGGUAACUAAUCGGUGAAAUCGGCCGAUAGAAUUUUUUUUUAAUCUAUUUAUAUGUCUACAAAUAUUACCAAUGCCAUUCUCUACUAUCUCAGUAUUUGUAAGUUAUUUUUAUAUUUUUUUUUCUCUCUUUUAUCUAUCUCAUUCUAUCUCUCCUUCUCUUUUAUUUUUUUUUUCCUUUUUUGUUGAGAAAUUUAUUUUAGCGCCACGCUUUUUCUAUUCCACAACAACGGAGCAAUGGCUAUAUCGUUAUUGUAACGAAACAAAAAAAUUUAACGAUUCUAUUGCCGUAUUGAUGGAUCAGCAGUUGGUUCGUUAUAACGGGUUUUUGUUUCUUUCUUGUUUUCUUUUUCUUCACUGCCGUUACAACGUAAUAACGUACGUAAAGUGAUAAGAAUCGAAAGUGAUAGACGGGAAUCGACUCGUCUGUAUCUGAUCCUCGUAUGUAUAUCUUGUUAAGAGUGUGGCGCAUUGUUAUGCAUUAUUGUUGCACUUUAUACAGACUGAUGAUGAUAAUGAUGGUAAGCAUUAUAGCACUGGCACGGAAACUCUUUUAAAUGAGCAUGAGCAUAAUGGCAUAAAAUCAACGUGCUAGUGAAAUUAUUAUUAAAGAAGAUAGACAUUCUAUUCACUUUCCAUAGCACCAUCGAUUGAAUCAAAGUACAUAUACAUAUGUACGUGCAUACGUUAAAGUGUCGGCAGAACAAAGGAAAAGGAACUAUGCGGUGCCUGAUACUGAGAGAGUUAGAACUUGACAAUGUGCUGAGAUGAAAUUGGGCCUCAAAAAUUGUAUGAAAGACAUUUACAUUUUGUAGCUCAAUUGUCAGAUCCUUUUGUCUGUCAGCCUUGUAUUUGCUUAUCGUUAGCACCUGCCAUUGGCAUAGAUUUAGUAAAUUCAUGUACAAUUAAAUACAAUCCAACAAUAACAGCCAACAGCUACGAAGAUACUGUCUGUGAUAUAAUUUUUUGUCCGUACACAAAUGGCAUACCGCAACGGUACACGAGAAAUAUGACGUAACCCAAUCCGUGAGAUUCACUAUUGCGCUGUUAAGAGUUUCCAUGCAAUUCCAGGAGCAAUAAAAUCCGAAAACGCAAAGAAUUUUAGAAUAAAAGAACGAACUAUUAGGAUUGAGUAUAAUCGCACACGUGUAUUCACGAUGCAAUUACAUGAAAUUAACUGGUGUAAAUAGUGUUAUAGUAAUAAUGUAUUUUUUUUACCAUUAGUGAAUGUAUUGUCCACUAUUUUAUAUGACGUGUGUAUGUGAACCAUUAUAAGCGAGAUUCUAAUUUAAAUAAUAAAAUCAUGAUGUGCAA